UGUUGUGUAAAUUAAAUAAAUUAAGAAAACUACAAUGAUUUUUUUCAAAUAUAUGUUGUUUCCGAUCGGUUAGCAUAAAUAACUCAUCAUCGUAAAAAAAAAACAUAAAGCUUAAAAGAGUGCAGGCACUCAGUCAUCAUCAAGUUAAAAAAAAAGGUAAAGAUGUUGAGCAAUAAAAAAGUCGAAUUGUUAUUUGCUUUGGUGUUCGUUGUUGUAGCUGUUGUAAGAUCUGAAGAUAAAAAACUUUCAUUAGAAGAUAACAAGGAUGUAAAAAGAAUCGUAAAUGAUUACUUAGAAACAAAAAAUGGAGAACAGCUUAUGUCAGGAAGGUUUGGAAAAAGAGAAACUGAUGAGGCAGACAGUGAUGAUGAAGAUAGCAGUGAAUAUGAAAAUGAAUACGAUGAUGAAUUAGAAAACCAAGGACUUGCGAAUGCGAGAUAUGAAAGACAACUAAUGCGAGGACGAUUUGGAAGAGAAAAAAAUGCAGCAAGUAACGAGGAUCAGUGGCUUGGAGGACGUUUUGGCAGAGAAGCUGCUACUCAAUGGUUUAACGGACGGUUUGGAAGAGAUAUCGAAGGACGAUUCCUCCCUCGUUUUGCAAAAGAAUCUAAUAAACCACAUCUCAGAGGAAGAUUUGGUAGAGCUGUGAAGUUGUAAAGAAUUGUUCCUUUUAUAAAAACAUUUUAAAGAACUCAUAUAAAUUAUUUUUUAAAUCAUUGUUUUGUCACUAAAAAUCUUAGAAUAUUGUUACAAAAUAUUUAGAAACAUUGA